UGACGUGUGAUAAACUUUUAAAGAUGGCGUCUGAGUGGCGUUGGCAUGACGACGCCUCAUGCAAAUGAUCGUUUGGCAGACAUGGCAGAAAACGAGGAACCGAAAAGCGAAGCGAUCCAUUCGGGGAACAAAAAAAAGGUCAGGUUAAGCCUGGGAGGGAGUGAGUGAGUCACGGUUUGUCAGGUCAUCUUCGUCAUUUAAAGGCCAUAAAGUGACUUCGUUAGAGGUUUAGACAGCUGCUCGGACUUUUCUUUUAUUAACUCGUUGGUAAGUUGUUUUCUUCACACGGUUUCUGAACUGUUCAUAGCGGAAACUGCUCAGGUUGCAAAAAAAUCGACCUCCGUGUUGUUUUAGUUUAUUUUGAAUUCAGUGUUUUUCACGCUUUCGCUUCGUUUAAAAUGAUUUCACAGUUCGAUUUUAGGCGGGUUUGUAUAAAGUUUGCGUGCGGGGGGGAACCCGGUGCAGUGUUGUGUUUAAAUCUGUAGUUUUGUGGAGUAUCCAGCUCGUAGGCGUUCAUUGACAGAACAAUCACUUCUCUGUUUUGUUUUGGCCACAGCCUGAAUUGUGGUGUCGAAAGACGACAUAAAUCUCUUCUUCAUUUUAGCGCAUAAAGUGGAACUUUUUGCGCCUGCGUCUUUGUAGGGUCUCUGGUUUGUCGGGAAAAAGUAAACCCGAGGAUGGAGAACUGGAAAAUGAGCAUCGGCAGCCUCAGUGGAGAAGACCUGAACAGGCUGUCGAAGAUGCUGGACAACUCCACCUGCGGGUGGAGGCAGCUGGCCAGCGCUGUGGCCGAGCAGUCUCAUUUCCGCUGCAGUGAGAAGGAGCUGACCUGUUGCUCCCUUCAGGUGCUGAGCCCUGCAGGUAGCCCUGCACGAACACUCCUGUCCUGGCUUGCAGACCGUAGCUGCUCCCUGGAGUUCCUCCUCCACUACCUAAGAAAGAUAGACCACCAGGAAACUGUGCAUUUCCUCACUGCCACAGUGUCAGAGAUGAUUCGGAUCACAGUGCACCCACAGUCCCAGCAGGCCUCAUCGGGGAGCAGGGUGGUACUGACUUGCAGGGCUUCUGGACCCCCUGGACUCAGCUACCAGUGGUUCAGAGGCAAAGAGGAGGUAAUGGAUGAAACGGGGACUUCACCAGAACUGGUUCUGUGUUCUUUAAGCCCGACUCAUCAGGGUCACUACAUCUGCAGGAUCAACCAUGGAGACAAAUGCGUUUUCUCCCAGUGGGCUCAUGUUCGUUUGGUCCAGUCUGCAGGUUCCAGUGCAGACUGCAGCAGCCUGUUUCUAGGCUCAAUGAGCGGGCUGAGUGUCACCGAACAGCCUCAGUCCCAAACAGCAGCUGAAGGAGACACUCUGCUCCUGAAGUGUAAAGCUGAGGCCAACCCCCCUGCUCGCUACGAGUGGUACCACAACAAAGUUCUCCUCCCUCGUGAAAAUACAUGUCUUCUCAAAAUCGAGUGUGUGACCACACAACACAGAGGGGAGUACAGAUGUAAGGUGUUUAACUUGUACCAUGAGGUAUGGAGCGACACCGCAACAGUCACCAUUGGUCCGAGUUCAGUCACAGAUGCCACCUGGGUGGAAGUCGACCGUGGUUUAGCAGAGUCGCAGGAAAUGCAUAGGUCAACUUUUGGACAAGGAGUACACCCAAUGCGACAGAUGGUCAAUCCAGCCCCAGCUGCUAAAAAGUUUUAUGCUACAGACAAAGUCGCACUCCUGAUCGGCAACAUGAACUAUCACCACCACAAUCAGCUGUGUGCUCCCAUUUCUGACGUCCACGAGUUGACCAACCUUCUCAGACAGAUGGACUUCAAGGUGGUGUCCCUGCUUGACCUCAACUGGCAGGAGAUGAACAGUGCUGUGACUGAGUUCCUGCUGCUGCUAGACAAAGGAGUAUACGGCCUGUUAUAUUUUGCUGGUCAUGGCUACGAGAACUACGGCAACAGCUUUAUGGUUCCCAUUGAUGCUCCAGCAUCCUACACAUCAGACCACUGCAUAUGUGUACAGAAUAUACUCACCAAGAUGCAGGGGAAAGAAACUGGACUCAAUGUAUUCCUGUUGGACAUGUGUCGCAAAAGUUCUACCGGAGAGCCGCUGCCUUCAGUUCGACUGUGGGGUGAAGGUUCAGCUGGGCUUCGCAGCAGAAUUCUCCAAUGUUAUGGUCAUCUACACCCGGAUACUCAAGAAACCCAAAGAGAUCAUUUCUUGCUCUGCUCAGCUGACUGACUUCCCAGUGGAAGUGGAUGUUGAUCUGAAAAAGAGCAACCAGGAGACUCUGAUUGAAGCUGGAUGUUUACUAUUGAUUAAGGAAGAACUUCCAUCACCUGAUGUCCCAAGUCUUUACACACGCCUCCGCAGCCUGCAGAGACUCAGAAGGGAGCUCACAUUCACCGUCUGCCUUCAGUACACUUAUGCCAACAUGGACGAAGAGGUAGAAGAAAGGCAACUAGUGACAGUGGGAAAACCUCUGGUCUCUAAACUCAAUCUCCACGAGACGCGGCCUUCUCAGAACUCCUCAGCUUCCCCGUACCCCAGCCUCGGCUCCUGCAGCGUUCCUGGGAGCUCUUCCUUUGUCGAGGAUUUUGCCUCUGCUGGUUCUGCCUCAAACAUGUGGACGGAUCGUGCUCAAACUGGCAGCACAGCUCCUAAUGUUGGCUUUCUCACCUCGUCCAGGAGUGCCAAUGUACCAGAAGAGACUGAUAGUCCUGAAAGAUUCAGUGCCCCACAACCUCUCGUUGCCAGCAAGAGUCUGCCCUACAGCCAAACGAAUGAUGCAGACUACAAAUUCAGUGACUUGUACAACUUCCAUUCCUUCUAAGCAUCAUGCAGUCGCUCAGAUAUAAUUUGCGUCCAAAGAUGAAAGUGUACAUUUAAUAAUCAUGACAAACAAGCAGGAGAUUUAUUUAUGUUCUUUUUUUCUAUGCAUUGUAUUUUUAUAAACAGAUUUAUAUUAAUGUGUAUUUCCAUUAUGUUUAGUGGUGAUAAUGUGAAUGAACAGAGAAGAAAGAAAAAAAAAUGUGGUUUGACUUCAGCUUUUGUAUCAUUUUGUAUCAUUUUUGUAUCAUUUCUUAUAAAGGUCUUGCUUUUCUGUA